AUGUCCGUAUCUGGUAGCAACAGCGGUAAAUCGUACUCGUGGACUGAUGUUUCGGGUAACGUGUACUACUAUUACAAGCAUCCUAUGACCAAGGCUGUUUUGUUCAUUUUACUACAGGAAUUAUGUGAACGUUUGGCCUUCUACGGGUUGAUGCCCAACCUUCAGAUUUUCCUCAAGGAGUAUCUUGGGGUUGAUGACGCUGGUGCUAAUUCGUAUAUCUCUACGUUCAACGCUAUCCUUUAUGUUACUCCACUUCUCUCUGCUGUGAUAUCGGAUACGAUACUUGGACUCUACCUCACUAUUCUGGCAUUCUCCUUCGUUUACAUGGCGGGUUUGGCUCUUCUAACGCUGUCUACGAUACAUUCGAUUAGUCAGCCGUGGAUGAUCCAUGUCUCACUACUCUUCCUAAUCGCAUUUGGUGCGGGUGGAAUUAAGAGUUGUGUGAACGUCAUGGGAGCUCAACAGUUCCAUCCUGAGGAGCAUAAAGAUCUUAUUACAAGUUGCCUUUAUCAUUGCAACGAUUGUUUUCAUUGGGGGUAA